AUACAAUCGUAAUCAGCGAUUGGUUUGCGUUUGGUCUACGUUGGCGCGAGUGGCGUUCAGUGGUGUUUACGCAAAUGUCAGUUACAAAUAAAUCUUUUAAUAUUUUCAUUAAAUUUUAUCUUUUUUUCUUGUGAUAAUGUCAAGUUCCAAAAGAGAACAUGCUGAAAGCGACAAUGAGGAUGAUUGGGUUGGACCAUUACCUUCAGAAGCUGCACCUCCAAAGAAACAGAAAGUACUGGAGUAUGAACAAGUUUAUAUAGAGAAUUUACCAUAUUGCGAAUGUUAUGAGAAAUCUUACAUGCACAGGGAUGUAAUUACUCAUAUUUUAGUCACAAAAUCUAAUUUUGUGAUAACAGCUAGUUGUGAUGGACAUGUUAAAUUUUGGAAGAAACAGGAAGAACUUAUUGAAUUUGUGAAACAUUUCCGAGCCCAUUUAAUGGCUGUUCAAUCAAUGGCAGCUAGUUGUAAUGGUGUUCAUGCGUGUACAAUUAGUUUAGAUAAAACAAUAAAGAUUUUUGAUGUUAUCAAUUUUGAUAUGAUUAAUAUGAUCAAAUUGGACUUUGUACCUCUCUCUUGUGAAUGGAUUUAUUCACCUGGGGAUGCGAUAUCUGCUUUAGCAGUUUCAGCUCAAGAAUCAAAUAAAAUUUUUGUUUAUGAUGGACAAGGAACUGGAAUACCAUUACAUGUUUUUGAAAGACUACACACUAAGCCUGUUGUCGCUAUGAAAUAUAAUCCUGUUUAUGAAACAUGUAUUUCCGUGGAUAAAGCAGGCAUUUUGGAAUAUUGGACAGGACCAAAAAUGGAAUAUAAGUUUCCUAAAUGUGUUACAUUUGAGUCAAAGUUGGACACGGACUUGUUCGAAUUUGCAAAAAAUAAGACUUACCCAUGUGGUUUAGCAGUAUCGCCAGAUGGCAAAAAGUUUGCUUCUCUCAGUGGGGAUAGGAAAGUCAGAGUCUUUAAUUUUCGUACAGGAAAACUGUAUAGGGUAUUCGAUGAAACACUGCAAAGGUUUACAGAGUUACAGCAAAUGACACAACAGCUACCAAAUAUGGAAUUUGGUCGAAGAAUGGCAGUUGAAAGGGAAUUGGAUAAAACAGAAACGAAUUUGGGUAAUAUAGUGUUCGAUGAAUCUGGUUAUAUGAUCUUAUAUAGCACAAUGUUAGGUAUAAAAAUUGUGAACUUGUAUACAAAUCGAUGUGUUAGAAUCAUGGGGAAACCUGAAAAUAUUCGUCCUAUGCAACUUGCCCUGUUCCAGGGAAAGGCAAGGAAAACAACAGCCGCUGUGACUGUAGAAAUGGAAGCCUCGGAGAAUCCAACAUUGGAAUUGAACCGUCCUGAUCCUACUCUUUUCUGCACAGCUCAUAAAAAAAAUAGAUUUUACAUGUUCACCAGACGGGAACCGGAGGAUACGAAAAGUCAAGAAUGUGACAGAGAUGUUUUCAACGAAAGACCGUCGAAAGAAGAUAUUAUAUCUUCUACAGAAGCGACCAAUAUGCAGAAGAUUUUCGACACUGCUGUUAUUCAUACAACACUAGGGGAUAUUCACGUGAAUCUCUUUGGCAAAGAUGUUCCAAAGACAGUAGAGAAUUUCUGCGUGCACUCAAAGAAUGGUUACUAUAAUGGACAUAUAUUCCAUAGAGUAAUUAAAGGAUUCAUGAUUCAAACCGGCGACCCUACUGGGACUGGUACGGGUGGAGAGAGUAUAUGGGGUGGCGAAUUUGAAGAUGAAUUUAGAUCUCAUUUAAAGCACGACAGACCAUACACUUUAAGCAUGGCAAAUGCAGGGGCAAAUACGAACGGCAGCCAGUUUUUUAUUACUUUAACACCAACUCCAUGGUUGGACAAUAAACAUACCGUAUUUGGCAGAAUAGUAAAAGGGAUGGAGGUUGUACAAAAUAUCAGUCAAGUUAAAACAAACCCGAAAACUGAUAAACCCUAUGACGACAUUCGAAUAGUCAGUGUUAGUGUAAAAUAAUAAUUCUACAAUAAAACAUGUAAUAUAUUUUCAUAAAUUUUCGUCUUUGUGAUAUUCACUCACCACUUCUUUUAAUAUUAUUUCGAGCUUUGCUUUAUUUGAUAUAAGACAGCUCUUACAAAAUUGUAUGAUCCCGUCAAACAGGUAAAGGCGUUUACGCAAAAUAAGUUAUAAUUCUUUGGUGUAAUUAUUAAUGAGUACCUGUUGAAUAAUUAGUUUAUACGUUAAUGAGAAAUUGUUAUGGGUAAUACAGAAUUAUUUUUGUAUAAUACCUGGACCAUAUAGCACCCGUUAUCAUAAGACUAGCCGUUUGACUUAAUGAA